AACAUCUGUGUUCGAGGGUAGAUAGAGACCUAAGCAGCUCGUAAGACAAGGAACACAAAAGGUGUCGAUGAGAUUGACAACAGAGACAGAGACAGCAGAUACAUUCAUCGGAAAAUUGCCAGAAGUGAAUUCAUCCUGCCUGCACCAGGGAGUGAGGGGCAUAGAGUGAGAGGGGGGCGGAUGCACACUCUCUACUCUCUUGCCCUGGAUUUCUGUUGCCCCCUCCGCCAACUUCGUCAGUCUUCCCCACCACCACAGCCUCUCAUUUCACCAUCUGUUCCCGCAUCAGGAGCAAGUACCCCGUGGUGUGUCUGUGGCAUGGAGAAAGAGAGGGAGGAUGAAGAGACGGAGGGGAGGGAGAGACCAGAGCCUCUGACGGAUGUGGAGCGGGGCAUCAUUAAGGACACCUGGGCACGUGUUUAUGCAAGUUGUGAGGAUGUAGGCGUCACUAUACUAAUCAGAUUCUUUGUUAACUUCCCCUCAGCAAAGCAGUAUUUCAGUCAGUUCCAGGAUAUGGAGGAUCCGGAGGAGAUGGAGAAAAGCUCUCAGCUGAGAAAACAUGCCCGACGUGUCAUGAACGCCAUUAACACAGUUGUGGAGAACCUACAUGACCCAGAGAAAGUAUCAUCUGUGCUGGUACUGGUGGGAAAAGCACAUGCCUUUAAAUACAAAGUGGAACCAAUAUACUUCAAAAUCUUAAGUGGGGUUAUUCUGGAGAUACUUGCAGAGGAGUUUGGAGAGUGCUUUACACCAGAGGUACAGACUUCCUGGUCCAAACUGAUGGCAGCAUUGUACUGGCAUAUCACAGGGGCCUAUACUGAAGUGGGGUGGGUCAAACUAUCCAGCUCAGCAGUCUGAGAAGGCCUGGCACAUUCACAAUCAACACACAUAAGAUAACACUGGCUGUGAUCAAUAAGUUUGGCUAGCUAAACAAUUGAUGUAAUAUGAAAAGGUAAAAGAAAAUAAUUCUGAAAGAAGUGAGACUGAAAUCUGUUCAUCAUUAAAUGUGUCAUUCUCUUGUACCUUGUUUUAUACAUAAUAACUCAGUAUAUAGUAUAUACUGACUUUUCAGAUGUUGUCUAUGCCACGUAUAAUGUGCUAUUGUGAAUUUUAAGGUUAGUAUUGUGUACUUACUUAAUCUCAACUCUAUAGCCUUCAAGUAAAAUAAUGGGAAGUUGGGAUCAUUUGAAUACAAAUAAAAUGUUAUAUUUUUGUAAUUAUUACUGAUUUUGUACCAAGUAUGGUAUCUCAUGUAUCGAUACUGACUGUAUGAUUUGUUUUCUUUUUGGUCAUAAUAUUACAUUUGAAGGGGUUAUACAACAUUAAUACAAAAUAAAAUGAAAUGUUACUGUGAUUAUAAUAAAUAUUCUCUACAAGCA